GGGUGUCAGACGCCCCCUGCAAGGUUCUUUCUUGGUGAGCGCGAUCUGCUGUGCCGCACAGCACAACCCCUUGAUAACCACCACCCCGAGGACUGCUUGCUGCAAAGACCUCAUUCCACGCCCCCACCUUCUUCCUGACGUGAUCGCAAUCGUUGUUCUCCUGCCUGUAAGGAUUUCCGCGAGGCAUGAGAAAUGGGGGCGUGUAUUCGCCGACCUCCGCUAGACUUUCCUUGGCCGUUUGCGAUAUGAAAGAGAACCGAACUCUGCCACCAGCGCGACCAUGAUCGUGCCCGAGAACCGUGCAGUAGCGCCCGUCUGGCCGGGCCCGACGAGCACUGCGUUCUCGACUGACUCAGCGCCACCGGCACCGAACCCGACCCUGACUUCGGCGCCAGAUGCCCAUGCCCGCGCCAUGCCGGACAGCGCAGGCUUGGAAGGGAAAUCCCGCACGCUGCAAGGUCCCUCAGCAAAAGAAUGGGCAAGCCACCGCGAGACCAUCAUCAGCCUCUACAGGCAAUAUCCUCUGAAGAGAGUGAGCGAGAUUAUGAGAAAGCAAUAUGGCUUCUCGGCAAGCAAGCGCAUGUAUGACAAGCGAUUUAGGGAGUGGCACGUCUUCAAGAAUGCCAACAGUGACGAAAGGGCGCGGGCGGCGCGGCGAGCGCAAGGAUCUGGCCCUCCGUCGCCUGCCCGGCAGACGGACCAAGGAAACAACUUCAGCCCUGAAGACUUGCGCAGGACGAUCCGCUGUGCCAGGACGGUUCAGCAGUCUGUGCAGCAGACGCCACCAACAACGUCUUCCUCCAGCCCCGCCCAAACAGGGAGCGCAAGCCCACCACAACCCUCACGGCAACCGAGACGGAGUAUCAGCAUCUCGGACCUAAUUAAGCAAGAAGAUGAGCCACACUUGCCCGCCUCCCAGCAGUCUCCCGGUCAGGAGGUCACCCCGCGGGCGCCUUUCUCACCACCCAGCACCCCUAGCAGUACCUCCGGCUCAAGUCUAGGGGCCUCGGACGAGAGUAGUCAGGAACAAGACGACCGUGGUGCACUCAUUGUUUCCGGUGCUUCAAGUCCCAGCAUGGCUGCUUAUACGGAGCAGCUGCGGCGGCUAUUCAACAGCCCGCCCCCAUCCAUGUCUCCGGACUCGCAGAUGCGAACCCUGAGCACCAUCACGUUGAAGCUGCGCGAGUAUUACGAUUGGCAGCUCAAUAACAUUCCACCAGGUGUUAGCCCCGACCAUUACCUAGGAGAAAGAUCUCCUGACGAAUCCACACGUUAUUGGAACACCAUAAAAAAUGCCCUCUAUCUCGUCAAGAUAUCCGCUGGGUCCGUAGAAGACCCUGAACAUCGUCCAGACCGGCGAGCCUGGUCUGCCUUUUCGGAGGCAGGCCAACUUGCAGCCGGGGCGAUGACGACCCAACCGUUUGACUUUUUACGGAACGUGUUCGCUACGCUCUCGCCAGUCAACACCAGCGCAAGACCUGAACUUCGAGCCAUAAUCCUCCAGUUCCUCGCCAAGGAGGCCCAGAGGAGCCUCUCAUCCAACCACCCAAUCACCCAUAUCUGCAAGGAACUGCUGCAGGACGAAAACUGCCAAGAAAUUUCGCAGCGCAGCCUACAGUGCAUGCUCGACAUCUUCAACACCCGACUUGGGCGGUCUCGAGCAAUCACCUUCAAACUCCUCGACUCACUGGCCACGCUUCUUCGCCGAAGUGGUGAAUAUCAUGCCGGUCUCGAGAUCAUUACGGAGCUGCUCAACUCGGCUCGCCCGGAGUUCGGGCCGGACUCGGACCAAGUGCGAUCGGUCGAGAACGAGCUCGCCCACUUUUACAUGCUGACCGGCGAGCCUGACCUGGCGCUCAGCCACUGCAUGUCAGUGGUCACAAGACCGCCGCCCUCGACAGCGCGGGCGCAGGGGGAGCCCACCUUUUAUCAAGACGGCAUCGCUGCUCACGCUAUGGAGGACAUCGCCGAGAUACAUCAGCGCCGCGGAGAUCUGGAGCAAUGCAUCGUGUGGCUAGAACGCGCCGCCUCGAUAGCACUAACUGUCUGGGGACCCAAGGCCGUAGCGACGGGGCAUCUGAUUGAUAAGAUGACCAGCCUGCAGCGGCAGCUUGGCAAGGAUCUCUUGGAGAGCGCGACGCUAUGGGAGGCUGCGCUUUCCAACCCAUCUGCCUGAGUUUCUCUCUAGCUAUUUUGCUAAUGACCCUACCCACGAGCGCUGGAGUUCAUUCUCUGUGGAUCGUUGUAUCCUGUCCCACUCGCUGCGGAGGGUGACACGGUCCAACAUGAUCUCCA